GGAAAAUAACCUUUAUCAUUGCUUGAGUUUAAGUCAAGUCAUUAAAAGUCCAAGAGCCAUAUGCCAAAAAAUAGGGUGCAAAAAGGGAAGGCAAUCAACUCUUUAGGGAAAGAUUGUAACUUUGGAUCGCAACAAUGGCUACUUCAAGGAUGCAGAAGCCCUAUAAUCCAGCACAGAACCACCCCAAGAAAAAUGUAGGAGAAAAAUCUGGCAAAAAGUACUCAGAAAAAAGACAAAUUAAGCAUGAGCUCUAUCCCAACACCGAAGCUUCCCUUGAUCGAUCUGUCCGAAUUAGAUGGCUCAAAGCCAGGGAUAGGUCGGUGGGACUCCUUGCAAAGUCAAGUCCGCCAAGCCCUUGAAGAAUUCGGUUGCUUCGAAGCUUUGUAUGAUAAGAUGACAUUGGAGCUUCACGAUGAUGUGUUCCAAGAAUCGAAGGAAUUGCACGAGCUUCCGGCUGAUGUGAAGCACCGAUUUGUCGUCCCGGACAAACCGUUCAAUGGCUACAUUGCGAAUAGGCCUCUCGCGCCCCUCCACGAGGUGUUUGGAAUCCCCUAAGUCCAGGGCUCCAUCGAAAGAUUUGCUGAUCUCAUGUGGCCAGAGGGAAACACAAGAUUUUGGUAAUCUUAUUUCCAUUACUGGAUUUUAGUUUUUCUAAUCGGUUCUCAUUGAGGAGAUGUUAAUAGAUUAGUUUUUAUCAAAUAGAUCACUGCUGAAGAGGCUCUAAAGGAUAUCCAAUUCGAUUAAUUUGGUGCAAAAAAGAAACUUUGAAGUGAGUCAGCUUAUACUAUGCCAAUGAACACCCCUAUUUAUGAAACCGUGGUCUCAUGCACACGCAGUGAGACAAUGAACAAGUAUAUUACGAAGGUUUUGGAGUUGGAUUCGCUGGUGAGGAAGCUGGUUUUGCGAAGCUUUUGCAUAGACAAUCACGGGAAUUUACUAGCCGCGUCCAUCGGGUACAAUUUCCGUCUCAUAAAAUAUGCAGCUCCUGCAACUGAGUCCAAGAAGCUCGGCGUGAUGUGCCAUCGGGAUGGGAACUCCGUUACCAUACUUCACCAAAAUCACGUGAACGGGCUGGAAGUGCAAACUAAGGAUGGACGUUGGAUCGAGGUCGCCCCUUCGUCUGCUUCAUCUUUCAUUGUCCUCACUGGGGAGUCAUUCUACGGAUGGAGCAAUGGGAGAUUACAGAGCCCUUGUCACCGGGUAAUGAUGAGCGGGCAUGAGCCAAGAUAUUGCAUAGGAUUCUUCUCUAUCGACCGAGGCACAAUUCAGUGUCCUCAAGAGCUUGUGGACGAGCAACACCCUCUGCUUUUCAAGCCCUUUGACAUGGAUGGUCUCUCCCGCAUCUACAAGACAAAAGAGGGUCAAAAUGGAGCUUCGGCUGUUGAUACUUUUUAUAGAAUUUGAAGUACCGCAUAUCCUUUUGCUUAGUCAAUCGUUGCAAGUCAAGUUUAAAGGACCAUUGU